AUACAAAUAAAGUUGUGCUUGUUGCGGCUGGCCGCGGGGUAUGAUGGGUAGGUCACAGGAUUGGAGGACUACAUGUGCUACAGCCGGCAAUAGGAAACUGGAGUGACAGCCAUUCCUGCGACUGACCUCCGAAAUCAAAGCUGAGCGAAUAAUCAACAUGUUCCCUGUAGCUCGUUGCUGCGUGAAAUUUCAGGCCGUGGCCUCAACUGUGCGCCGAUUGGAGAUAUCCACGGUCAGGUUGUUAAGGACCACCAGCGAGUUGAGGAACCUCUCUCCCCUACCGUCCCCACCUCUUGACAAUGCGCCAAAGGACUAUCCACCCAAAAUCCAUCAACUGGUUGAUCAAAUUGCCAGCCUUACUCUGCUGGAGGUUUCUGAGCUGAAUGAGUUACUUCGGAGAACCCUGAAGAUUCAGGAUGUUGGGAUGAUGCCAAUGGGUUCAAUGAUGCCUGGAGCAUCUGCAACACCUUCUCAGGAUGCAGAAGAAUCAGAAGCUCCAGCAAAGAAGGAGAAGACUAAUUUCACUGUUAAACUGACAGAAGUGAAUGCUACAGAUAAAGUCAAACUAAUCAAAGAAGUGAAGAACUGUAUUCAAGGGCUGAACCUAGUGCAGGCCAAGAAGCUGGUAGAGGCUCUCCCUCAGGAGAUUAAAGCGAAUGUUUCCAAAGAUGAAGCAGAAAAGAUAAAAACUGCACUGGAGGCAGCAGGAGGGAAGGUUGUGCUUGAGUAAAUCAUUUUGACUCUUAAAGACUUUAACAAAGAGGUCACUGGUAUUCUACACAAGGUCCCUCCACCCCAGCACCUGGCAGCAAAACUUGUACAAGGUCACAAAAUAAGAAAACUUGUUUAUACCUCACUUGCAGUUAUGGGAGUGGAGAGAACUUUGAUAUAUAUUCAACCGUAUCCCUGUAUGAAGAGUUCCCCCUGAGCUACUUUAAUGUUGGGCAUCAUUGAUUUUCUUUUCUCCUCCCCUUAGAGUUCUUUGACCUUUAAAGCACUUCAAUUUGUUUACCAUCUACCGCUUAACAGUGCAUUAUCUAAUCUUGUUUUAUACAUUAAACUCUCACCCUA